GAUGUAAAUUUUUAUUUUUCUAGUUUUCCAAGUUGGCCUUCUGACAUUAUAUUCAGUAGUUUUUCUUGCCUUUCAGUUACAGAUGAGGACACAGUAAAGAGGUAUUUUGCCAAGUUUGAAGAAAAAUUUUUCCAAACCUGUGAAAAAGAACUUGCCAAAAUCAACACAUUUUAUUCAGAGAAACUCGCAGAGGCUCAGCGUAGAUUUGCUACACUUCAGAAUGAGCUUCAGUCAUCACUGGAUGCCCAGAAAGAAAGUACUGGUGUUACUACACUGCGACAACGCAGAAAGCCGGUCUUCCACCUGUCCCAUGAAGAGCGUGUCCAACAUAGGAAUAUUAAAGACCUUAAACUGGCCUUCAGCGAGUUCUACCUCAGUCUUAUCCUGCUGCAGAACUAUCAGAAUUUGAAUUUUACAGGGUUUAGAAAAAUCCUUAAAAAGCAUGACAAGAUCCUGGAAACUUCUCGUGGAGCAGAUUGGCGAGUGGCUCAUGUAGAAGUGGCUCCAUUUUAUACAUGCAAAAAAAUCAACCAGCUCAUCUCUGAAACUGAGGCUGUAGUGACCAAUGAACUUGAAGAUGGUGACAGACAAAAGGCUAUGAAGCGUUUACGUGUCCCCCCUUUGGGAGCUGCUCAGCCUGCACCAGCAUGGACUACUUUUAGAGUUGGCCUAUUUUGUGGAAUAUUCAUUGUGCUGAAUAUUACCCUUGUGUUUGCAGCUAUUUUUAAACUUGAAACAAAUCAAAGUAUAUGGCCCUUGGUAAGAAUCUAUCGGGGUGGCUUUCUUCUGAUCGAAUUCCUUUUUCUACUGGGCAUCAACACGUAUGGUUGGAGACAGGCUGGAGUAAAUCAUGUGCUCAUCUUUGAACUUAAUCCAAGAAACAAUUUGUCUCAUCAGCAUCUCUUUGAGAUUGCUGGAUUCCUGGGGAUAUUGUGGUGCCUGAGCCUUCUGGCAUGCUUCUUUUCUCCAAUUAGUGUCAUCCCCACAUAUGUGUAUCCACUUGCCCUUUAUGGAUUUAUGGUUUUCUUUCUUAUCAACCCCACUAAAACUUUCUAUUAUAAGUCCCGAUUUUGGCUGCUUAAACUGCUGUUUCGAGUAUUUACUGCCCCCUUUCAUAAGGUAGGCUUUGCUGAUUUCUGGCUGGCUGAUCAGCUGAACAGCCUGUCAGUGAUCCUAAUGGACCUGGAAUAUAUGAUCUGCUUCUACAGUUUUGAGCUUGAAUGGAAUAAAAGUAAGGGCCUGUUGCCAAAUGAUUCAGAAGAACCAGAAAUCUGCCAUAAAUAUUCAUAUGGUGUGCGAGCCAUUGUUCAGUGCAUUCCUGCUUGGCUUCGCUUCAUCCAGUGCCUGCGUCGAUACCGUGACACAAGAAGGGCCUUUCCUCAUUUAGUUAAUGCUGGCAAAUACUCCACAACUUUCUUCAUGGUGACAUUUGCAGCCCUUUACAGCACUCACAAAGAACGAGGUCACUCAGAUACCAUGGUAUUCUUUUACCUGUGGAUUGUCUUUUAUAUCAUUAGUUCCUGUUAUACCCUCAUCUGGGAUCUAAAGAUGGACUGGGGUCUCUUUGACAGGAAUGCGGGAGAAAACACUUUCCUCCGAGAAGAGAUUGUAUACCCUCAAAAAGCCUACUACUACUGUGCCAUCAUAGAGGAUGUGAUACUACGCUUUGCUUGGACUAUCCAAAUCUCAAUUACCUCUACAACUUUGUUGCCUCAUGCUGGGGACAUCAUUGCUACUGUCUUUGCUCCUCUCGAGGUUUUCCGGCGGUUUGUGUGGAACUUUUUCCGCUUGGAAAAUGAACAUCUAAAUAACUGUGGUGAAUUUCGUGCUGUGCGAGACAUCUCUGUGGCCCCCCUGAACGCAGAUGAUCAGACACUCCUAGAACAGAUGAUGGAUCAGGAUGAUGGGGUACGAAACCGCCAGAAGAAUCGGUCAUGGAAGUACAACCAGAGCAUCUCCUUGCGCCGGCCUCGCCUCGCUUCUCAAUCCAAGGCUCGUGACACUAAGGUAUUGAUAGAAGACACAGAUGAUGAAGCUAACACUUGAAUUCUCUGAAGUCUAGAUUAACAUCCUUGGUUUUCCUACUCUACAAUUCUUUCCUCGACCAACGCAACCUCUAGUACCUUUUUCCAGCUGAAAACAGGAGAAAACACGUAACACAUUUUCCGAGCUCUUCCAGAUCGGAUCCUAUGGACUCCAAACAAGCUCACUGUGUUUCUUUUCUUUUCUUCUGGUUUAAUUUUAAUUUUCUAUUUUUAAAACAAAUAUUUACUUCAUUUUGCCAAUCAGAGGACGUUUUAAGGAACAAAAACAUUGUACCUUAUGGAUUGUUUACAAUCACAAGGACACAGAUACCUAUCAGGAAGAACAGGCACUGCAAGGACCUUCUGAUGGGAUGGUACUGAGAUAGCUUGGCUUCUGCUUGGCCCGGUUUUGACUGGUUGAAACCGGACAUUGGUUUUUAAAUUUUUUGUCAGUUUAUGUGGAGAAUCUUUUUCCUUUCCUUCAUACCCAGCGCAAAGGCACUGGCUGCACUUGCAGGGAAAGUGCAACUUGGAGCAGUACCUUCAUUCAUGAAGCUACUUUUUAAUUUGAUGUAACUUUUCUUAUUUGGGAAGGGUUGCUGGGUGGGUGGGAAAUAUGAUGUAUUUGUUACAUAUAGUUUUCUCAUUAUUUAUGAAAUUAACCAUAAAAGAAUGCUAUAACUCCUGUGCAAUGAAAGUGAUAACAGUGAAAGAAGAUGGGGGAAACUAAUGUGGAUGACAUUUAUGAGGGUCAGUCCCACAUACCUCUUUAGGGAGACAACUUGCACCAGUUUGACUUUUUUUUUUCUUUUCAAUUUAAGCCAAAGUUUUAUUACUAAAUUUUUAAGUUGCUGCUGCUGUAGAGUAUCUCUCAUAACAAGGCAUGUAUUUCACACACUUUUACCCCACUGAUUGAAAUUUAUUACAUAAGAGAAUCUGAUACUUUUUCGUUUAGGAAUAUUUACUCAUAUUCCAACCAUAACAACUGAAGUUACACUUUAUUAUGCUUCAGCAUGUAGGGUGAUUGUAGUGUAAUCCUUACUAACUCUGGAAAGCAGGGCUAUUUUACUCCCUUUUUAGACAGUUUUUCCUCUGGUCUCACCCAUUUAAGCCAGAGUCUGAUCAAAUUAAAAGUCCAAUAAUGGGAUAUUUUUGAGCAUGUGAAACAAAUUAUCCUUCCUCCUUCAUAUUACAUUUAUACAGAAGAUCUUGGCAGCCAUUUCUCCCAGAAGUGUUAAUGCAGGAAUUUCAUGCCCUCCCAUGAUAGAAACCUGCUUUUAAAUUUUUGAGGGCCUAAAACUAGUCAGACAUAAAACAUAUAUUUCUUAGAAAUUUCAGUCUAUGAUAGUCUGUAUGCAGUGCCCAUUUUCACUUUUUUGUCCCAUUUAUUCCCUUUCUUCCCAAAUAAGCCCUGAAACUAUAAGACAUUUUACUUUCUUGAAUAUAAUUAGCAUUAAAUCUAUCAUCUCAGGCCUGGUGAGGAGUGUAGCUCAGUGGUAGAAUGUCUGCCUAGCAUGUACAGGACCCUGGGGCUCAGUCUGCAGCCUGGCAAAAAUAGUUAAAAAUAGCAUUUCAUUAUCUAACAAAAUUAACAUAAAUACCAGGAAAAAGUAAAGUGUGUUUUAAUUACCCCUCCAAGACGCAGGUGAAGAUUCCAGAGUCACCAUCUGUAGACUCGUUAACUUGAACUUACUUCUGUCAUUUUCAGCUUCAUUUAAGUCAAAGGAACAAAUAAGUAGGAAGGCAGCUGUUGUCACUUGCUUUGUCUUAAAAACAAAUGGCUACUGCCCUUUAGUUCACCCCUUUUGUCACCAGCUCUUCUUGUGUGCAUCAUAAAUCUUUACUCAACCCUUGUCAUAAUUCCAGUAGAUUACAUUAAAGUCACUGUUAUUACCAAAAUUAUUCUAAUUAACUGACAGUUUCUUUUAAAAGAAGUUUCUUCCAUCUUUAUUCUGACAACUCUCCAAAAUUAUUUCCCUUUGUUCCCUUUCUGAAUCAAGAUUUUUUUUUCUGGAAAAAAAAAAUCAUACAAUUUUGUGGCCUCUAUUGCUUUUUUUUUGUUUGUUUUGCCAAGUAUGCCCCUUGUCCCAAAACUGAAGAGAAAGUGCUUAUUUAAAAAAAAAAAAAAUUAAAUUAAUUGAAUCCUUGAUAAUAAUCAGUGGUACCAAUUUAAUGAUCCUUGUUGGAUUAAAGACUGCAUUUUUCUAUUUAAGAUUUUUUCCCCUGAUUAUUCUGGGUUUUGUACUUUAAAACUAUGAGGGAGAUAUCACUGGUCUGUCAAGCAAUAGCAGUAAUUAUCCUGAGGAUAUAGAGAAAGUCCAGUGACCAGUCAUCUCUUAUACAAAUAAAAUUGGUGAUAUUAAUGUGUAUCCAGAGCCAUUUGAAUUGUCAGCUUCAUUCUCUAUUAGUAAAUUUAGAUGAUGUCACACACACAAUCUUACACUUAGCUUCUGGUAUUUCAACCCCCCAGUGUUUCUACUUCAGUGUAUCCUAUGGCCGUUUCUGUCUUUCUCCAACUCUUAUGAUUCUAGGCUCUCAUCCACAUUACUUCUUAAUAUAAAAUACAAUAAUAGAAUGUAUUCUCUGCUACAUUUGUCCUACUGGCGUAGUCUACUCAAAAAUAGGUGUAUGUAACUUUCAGCUUAUCAUGACAGAUGCUCAAAUAUGUAUUUAAACACACAGCUCCACAUUCCUUUUAAAGCUGUAAAUAGAAAAAAGGAAUUUUCCUCAUCAAGAGACUUUGGAAGACAAAGUAUAUAUUUAAAUUUUUUCCUUCAAAAAAGUCUAUAUUCAUUUUUCUCUCCUCAGUUGUAUAUGCCUAAGCAGUGUGAAUGCUCUGUCCUACCUAAAAUUUUACUGGAGACUCCUGUACACUGAAACUCUCAAUGGCUUUCUUAAAAAUAACUGUCACAGAGUCAUUUUACAGUCUAACCAAAGGUGAAAGAAACUCGAUCUGAUUUUAGGUUUAAAAUUCUAGUUUUAUUUUUAAGAGCCACUCAAUUUUUAAUAUCAGUUAAAAUCCUACCCCAGAAGAAUGAAAAGGAAGGUGUUUAAUAAAAAAUUAAAAUUCAUUUUUUAUUUUAUGAUAAUAUGGAGAGCAUUGAUGUACAUAGAGAAAUGGAAAAACAGAAAAGUGGUUUAUUUGUUAUGCACAAAUGAGUGCCUAUAUUUAAGACUGCCCAUACCAUUAUAACAAAUAAUUGGCAAUUUCAUAUCAUAUAGAGAAUAAAAUGGUCAAAGAUGAAGUCAUCAUUAAUCAUGAUGGUCAUUUUUAAUUUGGAAAGAAGUUGAAACCCUACUGCAAUCUUCUUUUCCAAUACUUUGUUGUUAGACUCCUUAAGUGAACUGCGUAAGUUCAGAUUCAGAAGCAAGGGUGUAGGAGGAGAAUGCCAGUAGAGACCAGUAUAAACCCUUAAGGAAGGAGAAUGGGGAUCCACAAUUCCUAAAUAUACUAGACAUGAGAUUUCUACUAUUUAACUGAGCUCUUACUAUGGCAAUUUGUUGAUACAUUGUAUCUUUGCACCAUGGUUUGACUGAAGUACAUUCACAACUAGAGAAAACAAUUCAUCCAUUUCUGAAGUGAUAAACUAAGGCAAGAUAAGAAUAGAAUAAAGUCACCUGGUACUGAGUCAAACAGCAGAUUACUCCUCUUCAACUAAAGGUCUGUUGUUAAAUUAAUUUUGGAAAUAGCAAAAUACAAGAGGAUAUUGGCCCUUGGCAGCAGAAGCAGGGUGGCGUAGGAGGUACGUGAGCUUAGUAUGCAGGUGUUAAUCUCCAUCCCUCACCAAUAGUUGUUAUGCUGCCCAGAAAGAGCUGCCUUUACUCUCCUAUCAUUAUUUUCCAUUACUUUGCAUUAUUCACGAAAUUGUUCUAUAUCCCCACGUGAAAUUUUCUAAGCAGGUAACUAGAACAUUUUCUUAUUCUAAAGAAAAGAAUUCAGAAAAUAACCCUAUCCAUAGUGUUAUUUUAUUCAGAAACUUGGGAUUCUUGGAAAUGAUUACCACUAUAUUUGAUAAACAGGUUUCAGGUUAUUGUUAUUUUAACAGUUUGCAUAAAAGGUGCCUAAUUUUCAAGAAAUAAGUACUUCUUACUAUAAACAACAUAUUGAAUUUUUUAAAUUAAAAUAGCUUCUUAGGUUAAAGCAAAAUCAUGUUGAAUCCGUGGCUCUCUCAACUACAAAAAUCACCAUACUUUUCUCAAAUCUAAUAAGAAACCAGUACAUUACAGAUAAUAUCUAAAGUGACCAGGUGAAAUAGAAGUUUUGGUAGGACUUUUGAAAAAGGUAAAGAAAAAUAAAUUAUAUCAGCUUAGGUUUUUUUUUCCUCAUUGAUAUAAAUUUUUUUUUCGCUCGUCAUUUUAAAGUUUUCUCAAUUACUUAUACAUACACUUCUGCAUUUCAAAUGUCAGUCUUGAUACUAAAUCUUAAAAGCUCCUGACUUUCUGUAUUGUAUUUCAAGUCUUUUUGUUAGGGCAAUGGUGAUAUGGGUUAGAGUUAAUUGUAUUAUAGCAUAAGAAUUGUCUGCUGUUCAGUGUUACGGAUCAACAAUUUCUAACCAGCAUUAACCACACACCAGUCAACAAAUAUGAAAAAGUAAAAGCAUCUCAUUAGGUUUGGAAAAGCUUAAGUUAAGCAACAUAGGAUCUUGCCUGGGAAUGGGAAAGAACCUGCUGAUUGGUAUGGCUCCUGAAACCUUUCUUUUACCGACUGUCAAAACUCUGGCACUGAGUUGCCCCUCAGAAACAAUCUUUCAGAACAAUAUUUCUUACUUAGGGUGGAAGAGGAAGCAUGAGGGACAAGAGUUUUCCCUGAAGGGGGGGAAAUCGUUAUGCUAAUUUUCCUCUGAAGUGUUUCCUUGUAGCAAAACUUUGGCCUAUUUAUUAUUAAAUCAAUGCUACCUUCAGUUUUUUUGUACGGUGCCAUCAACUGAAGGACAAUCAAAUAACCUGUUGUCUGCCUUGGAUUCAGUAUGUCUGCUAGCUACACAGUUUCACCUUGUGUACCUUCAAAACAGUUAUGUUACUUGCCUUCUAUUCCCUUUUCUCUGUAACAUGGCAAAUCAGAGGACAGACUGCAGCACUACUAGAUAGAUGUGGACUUCUAAGAGAGAGCAAGGAUUCCACCUCACUGUCCCUUGAUUGUUACCUCAGGUCCCUGCCUGCAUUUCCCUGAUUGUCUGUAGCAACACCAGCAUGGUGGGAACAAGGAGAAAUUGUGGGAAAUCACUGAAGAGUAAUUAUUCAUGACAUUUAUUGCUCCAAACUGUGCGGUAAAAUUGUGAGCCACUCAGUUCAUUUACUACAAACUAAGCUUUAUCAGAUUGUAAAGAUUAAUUUCUAGCCAUUUUCUGCAUUAGCACAGAAGCUUGUAUCAAUGAAGAGUAUUUAGGAGAGGAACGGGGUGGGAAAAUGUAUUUUUCUUUUCAGACCCUCUCCCUCUGUUUCCUUCACAUACCCAACCUCCUCCACGCUGUGUUGGUAAAUGAUACUAUGAAACCCUGAACGACCCUUGUCAAAGUAACUAUGGAUUGUGAUUAGUCCUCUGUGGGUGCUUCUUUCUUUCUCUCUUUUUUCUCCCUUGCUUUCUUUCUUACUCUCCACUCUAGUAAAUGGAAAAGGUGACGUCAAAGAACUGAUGCUUGCUUGGACCAUGAUGUAUCUGUGACUGUGCUCUUAGCUGUCUCCUUUUUCCUUCUUAUAUGGGUAGAAUUCUUAAGACGUGGAUUUCCCUUCUUGAUAAGUAGGUUAAAUGCACAAUGUGGUACUGUUUUAUAGUUUCUAGAUGGUUGUAUAAAGCAAAAGUUAAUGUGGUUAUGUGUUUUUAAAAGAAAAUAAGUGAUUGGUUACAAAACUUUGUCCUUUUUUCAUUAUUACAAGCUCUCUGUUUUCCAAUA